UUUUUGCCAUUUUGAAUACGAUGUCACGGAAUCCUUCAUAUUUACUCGCUUCGAUAACAAAUUUCUUACGAAGCUAUCGCUCUGAACUUCUUCAGAGUGGAAAGCUGGAAAAAAUUGCAAUCACACCAAGGCAAUUCAGCAGCAUGUCCAGCAUGUAUACCAGUGGAAUAGAUCGCGACUUUGAUGAAGAGCGAUCUGGAAUCCGUGUAGUUGACCUGAGAAGCGACACUGUAACCAGACCCAGCAAGGCAAUGAGAGAAGCGAUGGCUGCUGCAGAAGUGGGUGAUGAUGUUUAUGGAGAUGACCCAACAGUGAAUGUCUUACAGGAAAAGGCAGCAGAAUUAACUGGUAAAGAUGCUGCCCUCUUUGUACCAAGUGGAACAAUGGGAAAUUUAGCAUCAGUAAUGGCACACUGUCCUGGUCGAGGUGAUGAGAUACUUGUUGGUGACUUGGCACAUAUCAUAAUGUGGGAGCAGGGUGGAGUUGCACAAGUGGCUGGUGUACACUCACGACAAGUGCACACCAAUCUUGAUGGGACUCUGGAUUU